UAAUAAAGUGACAGUUCAAUAAAAGGUUUUCAAAGACGUUCUACGAAUGUGUAUAACAAAGUUAUAAUGAACUGUUUAAAAUGGAUGUCCUGAAUUUAAUAAGGAAUUAUAAUAGUGAAUGGGGGUCGGUAGCUAAAGAGACGUGGCUCGGCAAUAUUUAUACUUUUAUACUGGAAUCAUCAAAGGUAGUGUUGCUUUCUGCUAUUGGUGUAUUAUGCUUGAUUGUAUCAGUAUUGAUUGUUAUAAUAAGGAGAUGCCAUCGAAAAGCCUUUCGCCCUCAAGAAAUUUUAAACAAAGAUGGAAACAGAUUCAGGAAGCGGGACAAAGCCUUGUUUUAUGGCAGAAAGAUGAUCAGAAAGGUUAAAAACAUCUCUGGCCAAGUGAGGAACUCUGGACAAGGCAGGAAGAGAAAAAUGGUUAUGAAAUUUGCCAGAAGGCUGUUGCAGCUCAAAAAGGAGAAUGACACAGAGCAGCUUAAGGUUCUGGAGCCUCCAGUGGAGUAUCUUCAAGAAGAUAUGCUGUCCGAUGAUCGGAUGCCACCGGACGCUUUGUACAUGCUGCAAAGUAUUAGAGUGUUUGGUCAUUUUGAGAAGCCAGUGUUUUUGAGACUCUGUAAACAUACAGAAAUCGUCAACGUUAGUGCAGGAAGUUAUUUAUUCCGAAUAGGUGAUGCUGAUGAAAAUGUGUAUAUUGUGCAGAGUGGAAGAUUGAAUGUAUUUAUUACUGGUGCUGAAGGAACAAGUUCGUUGAAAAUCGUCAAACCUGGAGAGUCUGUCACGUCUUUGCUCAGCUUUACUGAUGCUUUAACUGGAAACCCGAAUCCAUACAAGACGGUGUCUGCCAAGGCCAUAGAGGACUCGACGGUCGUCAAGCUCCCCAUGUCCGCCUUCAAGGACGUGUUCCGCGACUACCCGGACAUAUUCAUCCGCGUCAUGCAGGUGAUCAUGGUGCGUUUGCAACGCGUCACCUUCACCGCCCUCCACCAGUACCUGGGUCUGAGCGCCGAGCUGGUGCGACAGGGUCCGAAGGCCAAGAGCAGCAAGACCACCCUGGCCAACGCGUCGCCGAUGAAGAAGAAAAAGGACGAGGGCCUGUUCGUGCAGAGGGAGAGCAACGGCAUCGAAACGAGCCAACCGAUUCCGGUGCCCGGACACAGGAGGAGCCGGUCCUCGUUCGACUCGAAGUCGUUUUCGCCGAACACGCCCGACAUGCUGGCCGACACGGAGACCUGUUCCAGUUCCGGCGGAAAUGUUAGUAACUGGAUUCCGGACUUGACGGCCAACCAAAGGAAGCGCCACUCCGGCCCGGAACCGAUGGACGAGGAGGACAUAAUCGAACAGGCCACAGAAGCCUUCGUGCGUGAGCUAGGCCUGGAAGACCCUUUAACAUUAAAGGGCAAAGUGGAAAUGAGAGAGGUGGCAGCCGGCACGUAUCUCAUGAAAGAAGACUCCAACAAGGACGUGGCGUUGGUCAACGUGAUAUCGGGGGCGUUGAUCGUCUCGCAGAAGGUGACCGAAGGUGAGGAGGAGGUGCACAUGUUCACCGCCUAUCCGGGCGAAAUUGUGGGUGGACUGGCUGUCAUCACCGGUGAGCCCAGCUUCUUCACCAUACGGGCCAAGCACUUCACCAGGAUAGCGUUGCUGUCGAAAAACACUUUUUAUGGUUUAAUGAAGGAGCAACCGAAAGUGGUGCUGUACAUAGCGAAUUUGGUGGUCAAACGUUUGUCUCCGUUCGUAAGACAAGUCGAUUUCGCCCUGGAUUGGCUUUUUAUAGAGUCCGGUAGGGCCGUGUACCGACAGGACGACGACAGCGACUCAACCUACAUCGUCCUUUCGGGCCGUUUGAGGUCCGUAAUCACGCAUAAAAAUGGCAAAAAGGAGCUGGUGGGAGAGUACGGCAAAGGAGAUCUAAUCGGAGUGGUUGAAAUGGUGACGCAAACAAAACGUAGUACCACCGUGAUAGCAGUCAGGGACUCGGAACUGGCCAAGCUUCCCGAGGGUUUAUUCAACGCCAUUAAGCUAAGAUUCCCCAUAGUGGUCACCAGACUUAUUAACUUAUUAGGCCAUAGGAUAUUAGGGUCGUGGAAGAAACCGGCUAUUAAUAUGGCACCUACUAGUUCAGCUUUCGACAGCAGACCGUCACAAAUGAACUUUUCAACGGUGGCCAUCGUGGCGGCCUCAGACGAUGUUCCUUUGACCGCUUUUACUUACGAAUUAUACCAUUGUUUAAGUGCCAUAGGUUCAACUUUAAGACUGACCUCCGACGUGAUAAAAAAGACCCUAGGCGCCACAAUAAUGGACCCCAACAACGAGUACCGUCUGUCGUCGUGGCUCGCGCAGCAGGAGGACCAGCACAAGAUCUCUCUCUACCAGUGCGACUUGGCCUUGACGGCGUGGACGCAGCGCUGCAUCCGUCAAGCCGAUUGCAUACUCAUAGUGGGCCUCGGCGAGAAUCGGCCGUCGCUCGGCAAGGUGGAGAAGGAGAUCGAGCGGCUGGCGAUGCGCACGCAGAAGGAGCUGGUGCUGCUGCACAGGGAGGACGGCAGGCCGAACAACACGAUCGCCUGGCUGAACAUGCGCACGUGGAUUCAAUCGCACCACCACAUUUUGUGUACCAAUCGGCUUUUCUCCAGGAAAUCUCUCUCUAGAAUUAACGAAUUGUAUUCAAAAGUGUGUGCGACGGAACCCAACAUCCAUUCGGAUUUUUCGAGGUUGGCCAGAUGGUUGACGGGCAAAUCUGUAGGCUUAGUACUAGGAGGUGGAGGUGCUAGAGGAUCAGCACACAUUGGAAUGAUCAAGGCUAUUCAAGAGGCCGGUAUACCCAUAGACAUGGUGGGCGGAGUCAGUAUAGGAGCAUUCAUGGGUGCCCUCUGGUGCAAAGAAAGGAACAUGACAACCGUCAUACAAAAGGCCCGCGAGUGGUCACACAAAAUGACACAAUGGUGGCGUCAAAUCUUGGAUCUCACUUAUCCGAUGACAUCGAUGUUCAGUGGGCGCGAUUUCAAUCAGACAAUCAAGGGCACGUUCGGCGAAACGUACAUAGAGGACUUGUGGCUGCCGUAUUUUACGGUCACCACCGACAUCACGUCGUCUUGCAUGCGCAUCCACAGACAUGGCUCUCUAUGGCGUUACGUACGGGCGUCCAUGUCCCUCUCCGGAUAUAUGCCGCCGCUCUGUGACCCUGUAGACGGCCAUUUGCUACUAGACGGAGGUUACACUAACAACCUGCCAGGUCAAUUGUGGCGAUACGUUCGGGCCAGUAUGUCAAUCGUGGGGAUUUUUCCCCCGCUAUGUGAUCCUGUAGAUGGACAUAUGUUGGCCGAUGGUUGCUAUGUAAAUAAUGUGCCAGCUGAUGUAAUGCGCAGCCUCGGUGCCAACCACAUCUUGGCAAUAGACGUUGGGUCCGUAGACGACCAAGACUUAACCAAUUACGGGGACGAUUUAUCGGGCUGGUGGCUGCUGUGGAAAAGGUGGAACCCCUUCACUGAGGCGGUGAAAGUUCCCAACCUGCCGGACAUACAGUCCAGACUAGCUUACGUCAGUUGCGUCAGACAACUGGAGGAAGUGAAAAACAGCGACUACUGCGAGUACAUUAGGCCACCGAUAGAUAAGUACAAGACGCUGCAGUUCGGCAGCUUCGACGAAAUCAAGGAGGUGGGCUACCAGCACGGCAGGGCGUAUUUCGAGGGGCAGAUGCGUGCGGGCAACCUGCCCAUAUUUAAGCAGGCGGAGGUGCACAAGACCAGCUCCAGCGAGCACAGUAUUUCGGGGUACACGUUCACCGAUCUGGCCCAGAUGGUUUGUAAAGUGGCACGGCCUUACGAAGAGGAGUCUUCUAGUCCCAGCUCGUCGGACGACGAAUUCGAAGAUGGACGUGGUGGUUAUGCGUCUGAACCGACUGUAGGAUUUAGUGAUAAUUAUGACAGGCAGCAAAGUUGGCAUGGACACAGUAUUCCUAAUGAUUACAUUCCAAGCUUGGACACAACAAAUUUAAAGCACAUGAGACGAGCAGGUGGAUCGUUGUCACUCUCAGAGAACGAAAUGGAGUCCGAAGACGAGUUUGACCUCAAACGUCAUAAAUAGAUUUAUUUAAUUUUAUAGGUAUUAUAUAAAUUAUUUGAGUUACCAUUUUUUUAAUAUACGUAAUUCCUAAUUUUUUGAGUUUCCUUCGUUAAAAAAAUACCAAAAAUAAACGAUCUCUGUAUAUUUUUUGUAAUAAUAAUAAAAUAUAUCGAAUUAA